CUGGGUUUGUUGGGUUUUGCAGAAACUCUAGUGCAAUGACCUUGAGCAAAUCCUUUCACUUCUGAGGACUUCAGCUCCCAGCUCUCUCAGUCGUUUGAAGAGUGGUACGAUAGUCUGUUUCUCCCAAACAGGGUGACUGGCCACUCUUUGGAAAAAGAGCUAUGUGAGAGACGCCCCAAGGAGUGCAGCAGCUGGGUGGACAGGGAGAUGCAGUGGUCUUAGACAAGAAGCUGAUCAAAGUGGCCCUGGGCUCUGAUGGGAACCCACUGCCAGUUCUGCUGUUGCCUGGACAGUUGAGACGAAGCAGGCUUGGGGUCCCAUCAGUUUCGGGGUGGACUUCCUAGCGGCGAAGGUUGCAGCACUACGAAUGUAUCCCAGGGAGGCUGGCCCAUGAGGAACUGGCUGGGAAAUGUGGCCUCAAGAGUGGUCAGGGCUGGGCUGGGAAAACAAGAGUCACUGCUCUGUGAAUGUCAGUUCAAGGCUGGGAGCAGAGGAGGGCACUUAUACAGAUAGUGGAGGCAGGAAGGGAGAGUGAGAGAAGGGUAUGGACACAGGAUUUGGGGACUCCCCAUGUCACUCUGCCAUGUUUUCACUUGCUGCACUGUAUGAAUGGAGGGCUCAUUUGCUGAAAGACAAAAUACCGGAAGAAUAGAGUUUACUUAUUUGGGGUAGAAGAGAGAAGAUGAGUUCUGUUUUAAUAUUUAGUUUGAGACACCUGUGAAAUAUCCAAAUAGCAAUAGUGAAGUAGCAGUUGGCUAUAUAGAUAUGGCUCAGAAGACAGGACAGAGCCAGAGAUAAACGUUAAGGACAAGGAGAUGGAUGACAUGAUCUGGGAAGAAUCCAUGGAAGGAGAUGAGAAGGCCAUGUGGGACAGAAACCAGGACAACGCAGGUCUUCAGGGCAGAGUCUCGGAGGACAAGAAGGGCCCCCUUCGCAUCGUGGCCCUGGUCAUCACCGUGGCUGUCACCUGGAUCGUAGUCAGCAUCCUCCUCGGUGGCCUUGGCUUUCCUCGGAUCCAGCAACUCUUCACCAGCCAAGAGAACUCAGUGACUGCAGAGCCGCGGGCCAGGAAGUACAAAUGCGGUCUGCCCCAGCCAUGCCCCGAGGAGCACCUGGCCUUCCGUGUGGUCAGUGGUGCUGCCAAUGUCAUUGGACCCAAGAUCUGCCUGGAAGACAGGAUGCUCAUGAGCAGUGUCAAGGACAACGUGGGCCGGGGACUGAACAUCGCCCUGGUGAAUGGGGUAAAUGGAGACCUCAUCGAGGCCCGCGCCUUCGACAUGUGGGCGGGAGAUGUCAACGACCUGCUGAAGUUCAUCCGACCACUUCACGAGGGCACCCUGGUGUUUGUGGCUUCCUACGACGACCCAGCCACCAAGAUGAAUGAAGAGACCCGGAAGCUUUUCAGUGAUCUGGGCAGCAAGAACGUCAAGGACCUGGCCUUCCGGGACAGCUGGGUGUUUGUGGGGGCCAAGGGUGUGCAGAACAAGAGCCCCUUUGAGCAGCACGUGAAGAAUAGCAAGCACACCAAUAAGUAUGAAGGCUGGCCCGAGGCGCUGGAAAUGGAGGGCUGCAUUCCCAGGAGGCCUGCAGCCAGCUAGGGGCCAGGCUCACAGACGAGACUGAGCAAGGCUGCGUGUGCCCGGCCCCUGAUGAGGCGCCAGCACAGGGCUAAGGCCCCGACCUCACGCCCAGCACGUUGGGGCUUUGAGGUGGUGACCAGCGACCAGACCAUGACUAGUAGUGGGGCUGCGCAGCAGACCCUGUCGCACUUUGUGUCUGGGGGGAACCCCAAGUACCCGUCUCCUAUUCUGAAAGCUGCUCCCCUAGUCCACCCCCAGCCAGGCGAGUCCCAAGCACCUGCAGCCCCAGGUUUGGUAGUGGCUGCCUAGAAGGUUCGGGCACCUUCCAGAACCUCUACAUCCCAGAGUGCAUUGCGGCUCCAUGGGCCAGGCCUGUUUCUAGCAUGAUUUGUCGUGCUGGGCCACCUGGCCACCUCCAGGGAGGGGCGGCCACCUUGGAGCCAGGCCAGCUGUGUGCUGAAGUUGUGGCCUGAUGGCAGUCUCUGGAGUGGCGGGUGGCCACCCCUGUGGUUUGUCAGAGGGCCUGCCUUCUCCAUGACCUCUUAAUAAACUGGUGGCCCCAA